AUGAUGUUCGCGCGGAACCUCAAGCCCGGCGAGACCGUCAAGGUCUCCGCGGAGGACGGCGGCGAAGUGCUGCACCUCUCGCAGGCCUGUUUGCUGCGGCCCGCGGACGCCGGGCGCACUUACUUGAAAGUGGUCCAGGGCAAAGAAGCCUUUGCUGCCUGCGUGCUGCAGAAGGACCGCCUCGAGUGCUGCAGCCUCGACCUCUUCCUCUCCGCGCGGCAGGGGCUGCUGCUGCAGCUGGAGGGCAAGUCGGAGGUGUCGCUGCUGGGCUACUUCGAGCCGGAGGCGGACUCUGCUGCUGAGGACGAGCUUUGCUGCUGCUGCUGCUGCUGCUGCUUUCGAGCCCGACAGCGAGGACGACAGCCAGGAGGCCUCCGAGGACGAGCCCGGCCGCAUGGCCGCCCCCGUCGUCAGGGACGGCCGCGUGGAGGACUUGGACGCCGAGGAAGAAGACACGAAGAGUGA